AUCACCACCAGUUGCGGUGCAGGCAGAAACGUCGCACGCUACCUUGCAUACCCGUUGCUCCCAGCCAGUCACGUAUAGGCUGCAGCUUGGUUGUGCAUUCCGCGAACCAAUCGUCACCCCUGGCAUCCGCGCAGCAACAACACUUUUUGCUGCAUCGCCUCUGCCAGCCUCAAUAAUUUUCCUGUUUCUUUGAAGCAUCGUCUUCUGUACUUCUACGCGACCGCUGCGACACUGCAUCACCGCGACACAAAAUGGUCUACAACACUCGCCGGAAAUCUCUCUCGCUGCCAUCCCUGGGCAUAGCGAUUCCUGGAGGGCCCCGGUCUGCGCGCUCACCGCCUUCGACCACCGACAUCCAGCAACCGGCGAAGAAGCAGAAACGCUCGCAUUCAGGAUCCAGCACAUUGUCGCUUACGUCGCCGUCAAAUACUCUCCCACUGCGUGCCUUCGAUGAGCAGCGACCAAAAAGCUCAGGGCGUGUGGCAGACACCCCGCCACCUUCACCUGGCGGCGAGUCCGGGCAGGCAAAGGUCGACACACAAGGCAUCGAUGAUGAGAUCGUCGUCGGCGUUAUCGAGCAGCUCGAGAAGACAGGAAACCGACCCCACCUGCUGAAGGAGCUCGCGACAGCGCUGUCGCCCACCAUCCCUAUUGUCGAGAGCUCUGCGAACCCUGCCGCUAUCAUCUCCUCGCGAUUGGCUACCUACCUCAAGCGCACAUGGACUGCACUAUCAAGGUGUCCCCUUGACAAGAAGCUGGUCGGCACGCACCCUAAGCGCGUCUACUACUUCCUCACCACUACACCUCACCUGCCGAUUCCUGCCGAUGCCGCAAACGGUGCAAUUAUGCCGCGUAUUGUCACACCUUCUCUGUCCUCCGGUGUCUCUGAGGAAGAGGAUAUGGAUGCGCGCGCGAGAGCCCGCAUGUCUCCCUCGCCAGAGCUGGAUCUAUCCGACUACGACGAAAACGGCAGCGCUGGUCCCUUUUCGAGCCAGGCUCACCCUCCUACCAUUGCAAACAUCGCGCACAACCGCCGUGCCCAGUCUCCACCGCUGGAGAAAGAGGAGCGCGAGUUUACCAUGACAGCGUCAUUCCUGCAACAAGAGCGGAAAAAGCAGGAGGCCGAGCGCGACCGUUCUGCUAGCCUGUCUGCGGAGCGAACCCAAACCUCCGACGUCAACAUGGACGACGUUGCCCAGUCAAUCGAGGAGACAGAAGAGCUUGCUGCGCGCAAAAACUCAGAAGCCGCAGCUGCCCUUUUCGGCCAUAUGGCAAACUCCUCUUUCGAAUUCACUGUCGAUAGCCCCGCUCUGAAAUCGCAGGCGUUCCAUCUGGAACUGCCCCCACCAAUGUUCAAGCCCCACGAGGUAAAACUUGAGAUCGCCGACAUUGACUGGAGCUGGUCAGAUAUGCGGAGUCCGGAACACAUCGAGCUUGAUGAGCUUGAGGAGAUGUUCGGCGGCUAUUAGACCAUCCGCGACCACCAUCACCAUCUAUUCCAGCACACGAUUUUGACGAUUUCCCUACGCAUCAUCCGUCUCAUCUAUGGGCUACAUCUUUUCGUUCCCUCUCAUCUAGUCAUUUCCAUUUUCUCACUUUCUAUUUCGCAGGCGCAAUGUCUCGUAGAUGGUUGUUCUACAUCAGUCGUUUGCGUUGCAUCAUACACUCUGGCUGUUGGCAUACAGCAACGGAGUUCAGUGGAGGCACCCCACCUGCCAUGUGGGAGUCCUUAGGAUACUGUACGAUAGUUGUCGUGUUUGAGUGUAUGGGUUUGACUGGAUAUGUCAUAUUUGGUCUGAGGCACCGGUUGUUACUCGGCGCAUGUAUGUUUAUCUUGGAGUUAUGUUUCGCGAGCUGUCGCGACAGGGUUGCGACCAAUUUUCCACACAAGAUCGAACUGGACCAUCUAGAUAAAAGUCAUCUCUAAAUUGG